AUGCGUGAGGUUAUCAGUAUCAACGUUGGUCAAGCUGGUUGUCAGAUCGGAAAUGCCUGCUGGGAAUUAUACUCCCUAGAGCACGGUAUUAGGCCAGAUGGUUAUCUACAGGAAGGUCUUACGAAACCAAAGGGUGGUGAAGAAGGGUUCUCUACUUUUUUCUACGAGACCGGGUCUGGUAAAUACGUGCCUCGUGCAGUGUACGUGGAUUUGGAACCAAAUGUUAUCGACGAGGUACGUACGGGUCCUUACAAGGACCUUUUCCAUCCCGAACAAUUGAUUAAUGGUAAGGAAGAUGCGGCCAAUAACUAUGCGCGUGGUCACUACACUGUGGGAAGAGAAUUGUUGGAUGAAAUCUUGGAUAGAAUCAGAAAGAUCUCUGAUCAGUGUGAUGGAUUACAGGGUUUCCUGUUUACGCACUCUUUGGGUGGUGGUACAGGUUCUGGUCUAGGUUCUCUACUGUUGGAGCAGUUGUCUAUUGAUUACGGUAAGAAAUCCAAGCUUGAAUUUGCCGUUUAUCCAGCUCCUCAGGUGUCCACAUCCGUCGUGGAACCUUACAACACUGUGUUGACUACCCACACUACUUUGGAACACGCUGAUUGUACUUUUAUGGUCGAUAAUGAAGCCAUCUAUGAUAUGUGUAAGAAGAGUUUAGACAUCUCGAGACCAAGUUUUGCCAAUUUGAAUAACUUAAUUGCUCAAGUGGUUUCCUCUGUAACGGCUUCUUUGAGAUUCGAUGGUUCUUUGAAUGUGGAUCUAAAUGAAUUCCAAACUAAUUUGGUUCCAUACCCAAGAAUUCAUUUCCCAUUGGUAUCAUACGCACCAAUAUUGUCUAAAAACAAGGCCUAUCAUGAAGCAAACUCUGUCUCAGAGAUUACGAACGCUUGUUUUGAACCAGGUAAUCAAAUGGUUAAGUGUGAUCCAAGAACUGGUAAAUAUAUGGCUACUUGUUUGUUAUACAGAGGAGAUGUGGUCACUAGAGAUGUACAAACUGCCGUCUCGCAAGUUAAGAACAAGAAAACAGUGCAAAUGGUCGAUUGGUGUCCCACAGGUUUCAAGAUUGGUAUCUGUUACGAGCCACCUACUGCUAUUCCUAACUCUCAGUUGACAUCGGUCAAGAGAGCGGUAUGUAUGUUGUCCAACACAACAGCUAUUGCGGAUGCAUGGAAGCGAAUCGAUAGGAAAUUCGAUCUAAUGUACGCCAAGCGUGCCUUUGUUCACUGGUAUGUGGGUGAAGGUAUGGAAGAAGGUGAAUUUACAGAAGCUAGAGAAGAUUUGGCUGCCCUAGAGAGAGAUUACAUUGAAGUAGGUGCAGAUUCAUACGCUGAUGAAGAAUUUUAA